CGCUUUGUCUGUACUGUGCACUGACUCCUCCUGUGUCUCAGUAACAUCAGAUCAUUUCCUGAGUGACUUACAGUUAGUAAGUGUGGUUACAUUAGUCUGGUACCAGGUCUCUCUCUGCCAGUCGCCUUGCCUGCUGCACCAGCACCACCCAUCCAUUCCGCCCACUACACUAUGCGGUGACUGCUCCAUCCAGACGUCCCGGUGCCUCGCAACUCAGGACUAAAGGUUCCUGUCGGAAGAGUUGAUUUACUAAUGUAAUAAAAUAACCAUUUGCCUUCCAUCUGAUACAUUCUUGCCAGGCUUGGAAGGAUAUAAAAAAUUCCUCAAAAUGAGGUUGUUACGGAGACACACAGGGCCCCUAAAACUUGCUAUGGUGGGAGUUGUCUUUGUGAUAUUUGUAUUCAUAAUGCACAAAGACGUUGGUAAUGGUGACAAAGAUGAUCCCUGGUUGAAAAACAUUGUUGAAAGGAAAGAUCAGGUGCUGGAUAUGAUGAUGGGUGCAGUGAAUAAUCUCAGGGACUCCAUGCCAAAACUCCAGAUAAAAGCACCUGUACAGCAAGAGGAGACGGAACGGAAAGCAAAGUCUUGCCUGCCAGGAUAUUACACCCCAGCAGAGCUCAAAUCAUUUAUGGAACGACCACCACAAGACCCAAACAGCCCCGGCGCUGAUGGAAAAGCUUUUAAAAAGGACAAGUGGACUCCAGAGGAAACCAAGCAGAAGGAGAGUGGCUUUACCAAACAUUGCUUCAAUGCCUUCGCCAGUGAUAAGGUCUCCCUGCACCGAUCAUUGGGACCUGACACUCGACCUCCAGAGUGCAUUGAGCAGAAAUUCAAGCGAUGCCCUCCACUUCCAACCACUAGUGUCAUCAUUGUGUUUCAUAACGAGGCCUGGUCCACUCUACUCCGGACAGUGUACAGUGUCUUGCACACAUCGCCUGCAAUUCUGCUGAAAGAGGUCCUUCUCGUAGAUGACGCUAGUACGGAUGAGUAUUUGAAGGAGGAGUUGGAUACCUACGUGAAGUCCUUACAGAUUGUAAAAGUUGUGCGACAGCCGGAGAGGAAGGGCUUAAUUACUGCAAGGUUGCUUGGUGCCAGUGUCGCAACGGGUGAAGUGCUGACCUUCUUAGAUGCCCAUUGUGAGUGUUUCCAUGGCUGGCUGGAGCCUCUCUUGUCUAGAAUUGCAGAAGACCACACGGCUGUCGUGAGCCCAGAUAUUACAACAAUUGACCUUAACAGUUUUGAGUUUUCCAAACCAGUGCAGCACGGCAAGCACCACAGUCGUGGCAACUUUGACUGGAGCCUGACAUUUGGCUGGGAAGCUAUCCCAGCCCAUGAGAAAGAGAGGAGAAAGGAUGAAACCUACCCCAUCAAGUCCCCGACAUUUGCAGGAGGUCUAUUUUCAAUAUCCAAGUCUUAUUUUGAACACAUCGGCUCUUACGAUGACCAAAUGGAAAUCUGGGGUGGAGAGAAUGUAGAAAUGUCUUUUAGGGUCUGGCAAUGCGGUGGGCAGCUGGAGAUCAUACCUUGCUCAGUAGUUGGUCAUGUGUUCCGCACAAAAAGUCCCCAUACCUUCCCCAAGGGUACACAGGUGAUCACUAGAAACCAGGUGCGUCUGGCUGAGGUCUGGAUGGACCGCUAUAAGGAGAUCUACUACCGAAGGAAUCAGCAAGCCGCAAAAAUGGUGCGAGAGAACAACUUUGGGGACAUUUCUCCCAGGAUGAAAUUAAAAGAAGACUUGAAGUGUAAAAACUUUACGUGGUAUCUUCAGACUAUUUACCCGGAAAUGUUUAUCCCUGAUCUCUCGCCAACCUAUUAUGGUGCAAUUAAAAAUGAAGGAUCCCAGAACUGCCUGGAUGUUGGUGAAAACAACCAUGGAGGGAAGCCACUUAUCAUGUAUCCCUGUCAUGGAAUGGGAGGAAACCAGUACUUUGAAUAUACCACACAAAAGGAACUCCGUCAUAAUAUAGGAAAGCAACUGUGCUUGAGUUCCAAAUAUGGCCCAGGCCAGGUGGAACUCAGAGAGUGCCAGUACAAGGGAAAAGGGACAAUGGUUCCUGGAAAUGAAGAGUGGGAGUUUACAAAGGAUCGUUUACUGAAAAGCAUUGGUUCUAAUUUGUGUUUAACAUCUCGAGGAGAACAUCCAGCCACUACAGAGUGCAAUCAAGGAGAUGUACACCAGCGUUGGGGAUUCAGCUAAUCCCCGUUGACAAUAACUGCAAUUGAGGGCUCCAUCUCUUCAGUGCAUUUCAAACUACUGGAAUCUCAAGAUGAAAAUAACCACAUCUUUAGGUUACUUCCACCGAGGAAACCUUUAAUUUUUUUAUGUCUUCCACUGAAACGUUUACAUUUUACAACCGUGCCUUCAAGAAAGAGCCGAUAACCAAAUGAACACGAUUUCCAAAAAUAUUUUCGUGACUAAAGAUGAACUCUGAACUAAGCCCCAAAAUUAGAAAAUGUGAGCGUUAGGAUGAACUUGAUGGUUUAAUGAUACUGUAUGUUGAGAUUUGGACCAGUUUGAUUUGCACUAGCUGUGCUCCAACAUUACACUACAAGUGUACAUCAUACCAUUGUUACUUCUAUCCUAAAACUGGAGCAUUGAUGAGCUUUCUCUGUGACAUGAAGGGCUGCUACGGUUUAUAUGUAGCAAUGUUCAAGUGCUGAUGGUUACUAUUUAGGGCAGACUGAGGGCCACCAUGUAUCUUUGCAGUUGGUGCAACAACAACACAGAUCAUGAAAGUUUCUAAUUAACGUUACUUUCACAGCAGCUGAUAGGCUACACGUGGGAUAUGUCUGUUCUAGAGCAUAUCAAUAUGUUCCUGUGAAUGCACUGUGGAGUGGAGGAGUUCCACAUUGGACUAUACCAUCUCUACCUUGGAUGUUUUAGAAACGGUCCUUCUCAGAUGAAAUGGCAUUGGUGCCUUCAGUGCACAAUUAUAUCUGCAGGAUGAGCAUACAAUCUAACCACAAGGAUGCUGCAAAACCACUUCUACAAACAAGAAAUUGCUGAGAAGUGCUGUGAGGAAUCCGUCUAUAUUUGCCACCAAAAAAAUGUUGGUCUCUUUCACUUUAAAAAGCCACUUUAUGAGUCGCCAGGAUUUAUUUUUAGUACCUUAUAUUUAAUAGUGCAGGGUUAUAAAACUGGCAGUCUCUGGGACAGAUGAAACCCUUCUAGACAUUUGUAUCUGCUGACUUUUUGAAAAUCCCCCUGCAAGUCUGUAUUUGUGUUAUCUGGUCCAACUCUACAGUAUGUGUGUAUAUAACAUAUGAAAACCGCAACAUAAAACUAAUGUUUUUAUAGGAAACCUCAUAUAGGGAAGUUCCCUGAAGUGAUUUCGUUUUAAACAAAUCUGUCAAUAAGCUGUGAUUGCUCUGAAGUGCACCUAUUGUAUACAGUACACAUAUAGGAGGCAUUCGGUUUGUGGACUAAACCAAUGUUCAUGGGGUUGCAGCCUACCAAUUCACUAGUUAUAAAUAUUAGGUCAUAGAGGUCAUUCUUUUUAGCCAUGAGUGCCCUCAUGGCGUAAGUGCAUCUGUUUUCAGCACUUGCGGUUCCUCCGGAUUAGCUGAUUUUGUUCUGCAGUACACGUACACAAAUCUGCAAGUCUGGGGCAAGAUCAGGCCGCAAGGGGGGCAAAGUACAGUGCCAUUGCCAGUGUUUCUACACCAACUCGCCCUUGACCCCCCCAUACAGUGCCUCAGUGAGUUCACCGUUUCCUAAUGAAUUGAUGUGAUGCAAUUUCAAGACUGUUGGACUAGCUGACAAAAUGACUGCCAUUCACUGUGUGUAUGUGACAAAUGCCCAAUCAUUUUAUUAUAGCAUAUCUCCUUACUACAGCUGACAUACAUCCCAAAGUAGGAAAGCAGUGCCUUGGGACAAGAAAAAAUAAUACAUUGCAGUUUUAAUUUGUCUUGUUUUUAAUGUUUUUUUUUCUUUUUGUUUGUUUUUUCUUGUUUGUUUUUUUGUUUUUUUACUGUGUUUUAGGAUGAAGGGUUGUUUUGUUUCCUCUUUAAUGAGGAUGGUGGUUAAACACAAGACUAAAUCACUGUGACUUGAUCAAUUAAUUUGUCAGUAAAGGCUGUGCCUAAAUUAGGCUUCUGCCAAGUGGGCAGAAUGUCCGAGAUAAUUUUGUGUAUUUAUAAUUUUUAAAUCAUUGUGUACAAAAUGUUAAAAGUACAGUAUUGUGGCAAAUGGUUACAAUUCUGGUCUGUUAGUUUAAAUAAAUGCCCUUUACCAUUGUGCUAAAGAUAA